CCGUUUCUCAGUUGGUCGCCAGCAGUAGCGAGGAGGUGGUGUUCUCUGAUUCAAAAGCGAAGAAGAAGAAGAAGAAGAAGAAGAAGAUGAUGGUCGGAGAAGUAGAGGAGACAGAAAUAGCCGACGAAGCCCAAGAUUCAGCCACCAUCAUGCCUUCACCACCCAACGAACCCAUGGAUGUCCCCGCCGAUUCUCCUCCUUCUGACUCCGAUUCCGAUUCCGAUUCCGACUCCGACUCCGACUCCGAGGCUCAGGACAAGCUCCAGAUUGAAGCCCUAGAGUCGGAGCUCUACAACAAUCCUUCCAACUACGACGCACACCUUCAAUACAUAAGGCUCGUGAGGAAGAUGGGCGAUCUUAACAAGCUGAGACAGGCUAGGGAUUCUAUGAGUGCUCUUUUUCCUCUGACCCCUGCCAUGUGGCAGGAAUGGGCUCGAGAUGAAGCUUCUCUUAUGGUCGGGGUUGAUGGCUAUGCUGUGAUUGAGAAGCUUUAUGAUCGCGGGGUGUCUGACUAUCUGUCUGUUCCUCUUUGGUAUGACUACAUAAACUUUGUGCAAGAAAAUGAUCCUUCAGUGCGUGAAUGCUCGGUUGUUGGUGUCUCAAAAGCUAGAAAUUUGUUUGAGCGUGCUCUUACUGGAGCUGGGCUUCAUGUAACUGAAGGCAAUAAAAUCUGGGAGCCAUACAGGGAAUUCGAGCAAGCUAUAUAUCAAACCAUCGAUGCAUCUGAUGCUGCGGCAAAAGAUAAGCAGGUUCAGCGAAUUAGGAAUAUUUUCCACCGCCAAUUGUCUAUUCCUCUUGUCGACGUGGAGAGUACUCUUCGAGUUUACAAGGCUUGGGAGGCAGAACAAGGGACUUCACAAGAUGUUGAAUCCUAUGAUGUCAGCAAGAGCUUUCCUCAUGUUGCCUCUGCAUACGAGAAGGCUCUCGAUAUGUAUAAUGCUCGUGUAAAUUUUGAACAGCAGAUAUCAAGGCAGGAUUUGUCUGAUACUGAAAGACUUCAACAAUAUAUGAUUUACUUGAAAUAUGAGCACUCUGUGGGAGAUCCAGCACGUAUACAAGUUCUUUAUGAACGUGCUAUCACUGACUUUCCUAUAUCAAAUGAUCUUUGGCUCGAUUACACUCGCUACAUGGACAAAACAUUGAAGGCAGGUGAUGUAGUGAAGGACGUCCACUCAAGGGCCACAAAGAAUUGUCCUUGGCUUGUUGAGCUGUGGGUCAGAUAUUUACUUUGCUUGGAACGUGGUCGCUCUUCUGAGAGUGAGAUUUGCUCGGUUUUUGAGAAGUCAUUGCAUUGUACCUUUUCGACCUUUGAAGAGUACCUGGACUUAUUCCUCACUCGUGUAGAUGGCUUAAGGCGAAGAACUUCCUUUGCCGGGGAACUAGAGGUUUCCUCGGAUUAUCAACAUAUAAGGGAAACCUUUCAGCGUGCUUCAGAUUAUUUAGCACCUCACCUGAAGAAUACAGAUGGUUUACUACGUCUGUAUGCUUAUUGGGCUCGACUGGAAUCAAAGUUGGCUAAAGAUAUAGUCUCUGCCCGAGGAGUUUGGGAGAGCUUGUUGAAGAUCAGUGGUUCAAUGUUGGAAGCUUGGCAAAGUUAUAUAGCAAUGGAGAUUGAGCUGGGACAUAUGCGUGAGGCGAGAUCAAUCUAUAAGAGAUGCUACAGCAAAAGAUUUCCCGGAUCCGGAUCCGAGGAGGUGUGCCAUUCGUGGUUACGCUUUGAGAGGGAAUAUGGUACUCUAGAAGACUUGGACCAUGCCUUACAAAAGGUAAUGCCUCGUUUGGAGGAGCUUAAGUUAUUUACGUCGCAGCAAGAGUCAAGAACAGCAGACCAGAAGGAUAACAAUAUCAGGAAAAAUGAUCGUGAGAAGAGAAAGUCUGGAGCAGACAUAACUGACGAAGAGUCUCCAGCAAAACGGCGAAAAGACGCUUCACAGAUAACAAAAAAAUCAUAUCUGAAGGAUAAAGGUCAAGCGCAGAAUGCAUUUGAGUCAAGAAAAAUUGGGGACGAAAAGACAAAGAAUGGAGAUGGCAUGGACCAACAAGAGAUGAAGGGCUCCGCUCCUGAUACUAAAUCUAAAGCAUAUACUGACCAAUGCACUGCAUUUAUAUCGAAUCUUGACCUUAAGGCAAAUAAUCACCACAUUCGCGAAUUCUUCAGUGAUGUUGGUGGUGUGGGUGAAAUUCGAAUUCUACAUGAUAAAUUCACUGGGAAAUCCAGGGGACUGGCAUAUGUUGAUUUCAUCGAUGAUGCUCACCUUGCUGCAGCUGUGGCAAAGAAUAAGCUUAUGCUCUUAGGAAAGAAACUGAGCAUUGCACGUUCAGAGCCAAGGAAAAGCAGAAAAGAAUCUAUGGGUCACAGUGAUCAUGCGGAAAGUGUAGGUAGAUCGACAUCUAGGUGGUCCACGGCACCUCAAAAAUCAAACUAUUCAACUAGUAAGGGGAGAGGUGAGCAGGUCCAGCUGACAGGGAAGAACACAUUUGCAAGACCAAGGAAUCUUAAACCCUUAGGUUGGGAUGCAAAUAAGCCAAGAACCAAUGAAGCAGAGGACGAGAAGCCCAAAUCCAAUGACGAGUUCAGACAAAUGUUUCUUAAAAGAUGAUUCAGUGAGUGCCUUGGUUCAGACAGGUUCAGGACAAGUGUUUCAGCUAAUUACCGUGACUGUGAUUUUCUUGUUCAUAUACAAUGGAUUAAACUACUAUUGGAGGAUAGCUUUGCUUCAAUGCAAAGGAUACAUGAGCCUCAGAAGAGUGAUGAAUCUGUUGAGGUUGAGUAGUAUAUGAGGCUCCAAUUUCAAACUGUGAUGUAGCUUUACUACUAGGUGGUCACAGGUCUAGAGUUUUUGGGUGACCGAAAAAUCACUUUUGAACAGUUUGCUGAACUCUGUAGAGUUUCUCUUUGUAAGUUGGUAUGGGGAAGCACCUCCUCGCUUUGGAACA